AUGUCAACAACAACAAAUACAUCAUCAAUUGAAUCUAUUGCUGUAAAGAAGGAGAUUGAACUGCAUCACCAACUUCAUGGAAUCGAUUGUAUUGGCUUUGAUAUGGAUAUGACCUUGGUGCGCUACAAGAAUGAUGCCCUCUGUCGUCUGAUCUUUGACAACCUGCUCACUACUCUUAUACCAAACCAUCCACAUCUCAAAUCGUGUCCAUUGAACAUGGACCUUUGCCACAGGGGAACAAUCAUCGAUAUUCACAAUGGAUACAUACUCAAGUUGGACAGCAAGAAGAGAGUGUUGCGUGCUUACUUUGGUGAUGAGGUCGUGUCAAAGACACAGAUCGACAAUGAGUACCACAAGGCCACGAUUGAGGGCACCGAUCUGCCAUUGGAGAACUUCACUGGCAACAGCUCCAGCAGGUACCUGGUACUUAGUUCCUUCUUUGAGCUGCCUCUCGGUCCAAUCUGGCUCUGUCACAUCAACCAUCUGAAGCAGCUUGAGACAUUGGCACCUGGCCAGGAGUACGUCAGCCUCAAGAAGAACGACAUUCAGUCCUUCAUCAAGAGCAUCAUUGCAUCGAUGGACUACAGCUUCAACGACUAUUGGAACAGCGAGUACCAUGCCACCAUCCGCGCCAACCCCGGCAACUUUGUCUACAAGGCCACUGAGGAGUUCAAAUCGUGGCUGCGUCGUAUGCGUGAGCGUGGAGUCCGCGUGCUCCUCAUCACCAACUCCAAGUCCGAGUACGCUCACAUGCUCAUGACCUACUCGUACGGCGAGAACUUCCAGGAGCUGUUUGAUCUGGUGAUCACUGAUGCCAGGAAGCCCACCUACUUCAGUCCCAACAACACAUCGCCCACCUAUGACCUGAAGAACUUCUUCCCCAAGGAGAUCAACGAGUCGAUGAAGCACAACGGACUGCUUGAAUUCAACACCAACACCGUCUAUCACCAGGGCAACGUGAACGACCUCAUCGCCUCAAUCCGCGCAUCAAAGAACAAAGAGGACAUUUCAUUCUGCUACGUUGGAGAUCAUCUGAUCUACGAUGUCACCUCUCCCAAGCAACAUCUGAAAUGGAUGACCAUUGCAAUCGUCGAGGAGAUUGAAGACCCUGAUGAGAUUGUGAUAUUGAAGCGCAGUAGUCCACCUUUCCAGUCCAAGAGUGGUGCGGUCACCACUACAGGCAAGCAAUAUGAAUGGGGAUCAUUCUUUAGCUUCCACGAUCAUGCGGUCGGUGCGACAACUGAGACAUUCUGGUCAUAUGUCAUCAGAUACAAUGCUGAUAUUGCCGUGCCCUCCGUGGAGACACUGGCCAAGUACUUUGACGACUCUGCAUUCGACAAGGAUUCAUUGUUGCCAUGCUCGAUCAUCUACACAUAA